AUGGAUCCAAACAAGAGUGAUUGGCAGAUUGUCGACAUGACCGAAGAGGAACUCGUUGCCCUCGAUUUUCUUGGUGAAAAUGCUCAUGAGGAGGUCAAGGAUAUCGUCAACACAGCAACGGCUGUCCCUAAAUAUCUUAGUAUUGAUUGCCUAAGGCGCAACGUUACUAGACAGCCCGAGCCUCCUACCUCUCCUACCCUCGAGACGCUCUUUUCGCAGCUUAUCAGCAACUCGGACGCCCGCACCGUCGUCGCCCCUGACAUGAUCUCUGAAUACGAGAAGACCUUCUAUUACCAUGGCAUCUCUGGACACCCUCCCGAGCUCAUGUGGCGUUCUGAUUUCGAGUCCAACCCCUUCCCUAUCCCCCCUAUUGGCACCACAUUCGACAAGAUUCCCCAGAAGACUAUCAACGGUGUCUUUAACACGCCGCUGAACGCCGUGUGGGAUACCGUCGCUCCUCAGAUUUUGGCGUCAAUGAAGGCCCGAGGCCUCAAGUAUUCCUCCCUCAUGACGGCGCGGUUCUCGAUCGUCGAGGAGGACAAGGAGACUCGUGGUCCGAUCGUGAUCUGGAUUGCUGUUCAUCCCAACACCACGAAUGUCGCGGCCGUUCGCGAUGCCACUCUGGACAUCCUCGACAUCCUUACUCGUGCCCAGAUCAUUGGUGUUGUCGUGGAGUGGUACGAGGGCUCGAUCGGCAGCCCCAACACCAAGUUCUGUCAUAGCAACCCAGUAAACACUGGCUGGAGUAUGCUCAUUGCCAGACAGACUGACGAUCCUCAAGUUAUUCCCCCGUCCCUGUUCAAGAGGUGA